AUGUCAAAUCAUCAUUUAAAAGCUCUGGUACAAUAUAAUAGUCUUUUGAAAGAACAAGGACAAAUUGAUAAAGAACUCAAAAAAGAAAUCGAAAAUACCACUAAGUAUUGGCUAAAUGUUUUGAGGCGUGUGAUUGACGAUAUAUUAUUUUUAAGUGAAAGAUCAUUAGCUUUUAGAGGUACUAAUGAAAUUCUAGGCUCGCCAAACAAUGGAAACUUUCUAGGAAUAAUCGAGUUAUUGUCAAAAUAUGAUCCUUUUUUAGAAGAGCAUAUAAAAAAAUAUGGAAACUGUGGAAGUGGACAUGUUAAUUAUCUCUCGUCAACUAUCUAUGAAGAACUCAUCGAAGAAAUUGCCAAAUUAGUAUUCAGCGAAAUAUUGAUACGAUUGAAAAAAGCUAAAAUAUAUUCAAUUUCUUUAGAUGGAACAAGUGACGAAGGUCAUGUUGAUCAACUGACUUUUAUUUUUAGAUAUGUAGAGAAUAGUACGCCAGUUGAAAGAUUUCUAAAAUUUUUACCUAAUCAAGGCCACAAAGCCGUUGACAUGUUUAAUGCAUUGAUACAUUUUUUAAAAGAAAACGAUAUUGAUAUAAGCAAUUGCCGAGGUCAAUCAUAUGACAAUGCAUCGACCAUGAGUGGAAAAUUUAACGGACUUCAAGCUUUAGUAGCUAAAGAAAAUGAUUUAGCAAUAUGGAUACCCUGUGUAGGACACAGUUUGAAUUUGACUGGAGAAAAAGCUUCUGAUGCUUCGACGUCUUCAACGAAUUAUUUCAUGUUCCUUCAAUCUAUUUACGUGUUUUUUUCAGCUUCAGAUUGGCGUUAG